UAACGGUUUAUAAGCCUAACUACAUAAUUUAGUUAGGCAGUAGCAUAAUAUAACGUCUUUGCUUAGCACACUACUCUAUUAGUCAUUGACCAAAUAACUUGCCAGUCGCCAGAUGUAAGCAGUCGAUCGACAUUAAUUUCCAAUACAAGUAUCUAGUUCUUAUCUAUGAAAAAGGUGAAAAGCAUUUAUCUCAAAAAGUAGUAUGUAGUACGGAUUUAAAUACCUGGUAUUUCUACGAGCCAUGAAGAUAAACAUAUCUUACUAUAACCUCAUCUAAGAAGUUUUAUCUAAGUUUGAUUUUAUUGUUAUAAAUAUUUAUUCAACAAAUCCCAUAUACUGUUGCCAAAAUGUUUGUUGGUUACUCUAAAGAACGAUUUAUGUAUCACAACACAUUACUCUGUUUAGUGAGAUCACUGGAAGAUAAAAAAAUAACAAUAGACCUAAGAAAUGACACAUAUGUUUGUGGAGAUCUAGUAUCUGUUGAUGGAUACAUGAAUCUUUCACUAAAUAAAGCUGUGUAUUGUGACCCACAAGGAAAUGAAUAUUUUUUUGAACAUUUAUUUGUCCAAGCUCGAAAUAUUCGAUACAUUCAUAUUCCUGAAUCAGUCUCCAUAAUAUCGUCUAUAAAACAAGAGCUGCAUUGCAAUAAACAUGUUCCAAAAGAAAAACCUACAGCCAAAUCAAGAAAAGUUCAAAAGGCACAAAAGCUGCACAUGGAGAUAGUAGCAUCAUUAAAUACUGAUAAUACUGUUAAAUUGUCUGAGUAAAAUGUAAUAAAUGAGAAAAUGUAUUUUACAAAA